AACUCGGCGCCGUCCUGUCACUGACUGCGGCUCCUGCCAGCCCGUCAUUGUACCUGCGCUCAUGGUCCUUCCUCCUUCUAAAAAGACAAUAUAUUCGAUGCGAUGGGAGCAUCCAGAUCCAGAUCAGUUGAUCUUCGCACACUUCCUGACACUGGAGCCAAGGAACAUGAAUUGCAUGGUGUCAGACAUACAUAUCAAAGUAAAGUGAAAGAGGAGCCUGAGACUAUGUUUGAAAAAGAAGUUUGUUUGGCUACUGAGAUGCAAGAUGAAGAGAUGCGUGAAGUUGAAAUAAAAAACCACAAGGUGCUACUUAUCAAAAGUAAUGGAGAAUUUAGUGCCAUAGGGCACUUGUGCUCUCAUUAUGGAAGUCCACUGGUAAAAGGAGUUCUCUCACAUGGAAGGGUUCGGUGCCCUAGGCAUGGUGCAUGUUUUAAUAUAAAAACAGGUGACAUUGAAGAGUUCCCUUGUGUGGAUGGACUGCAAAGGUUUAAGGUUGAAGUUCAGGAUGGCAAGGUUAUUUUAUCCAUAAGUGCCAAGAUCCUGGAAUUAAAUAAAAGAACACAAGAUAUGGUUACCCGGUCACCAGGGAAUAAAGGUGUCAUUCUUCUUAUAGGCGGAGGUCCAGCUUCAUUAAUCUGUGCAGAAACUCUUCGCCAGGAAGGUUACAAAGGACGUGUAAUACUCGCAACCAAAGAAAUGCACUUGCCUUAUGAUCGCCCGAAACUCAGCAAGAGUUUAAACAGCCAAGUUGAAAAUAUCCUGUUGCGGAAGGCAGAGUUCUACUCAACUUAUGAUAUUGAAGUGUUGACCAACAAGGAGGUACUGUUGCUAAACAUGGUGAUGGAAGAAAAUCAUCCCAAGAGAUUCAUUGCCAUCGGAGAAAAGAUAGCUUUAAUACUUCAGGCCACAUCUGUGAACACAAAAAAAAGGAAAGUCAGGUUCAAAGAUGGAACUACUCAACAAUAUGACAACUUGCUGAUCGCAACAGGCAGCAUCCCUAAAAUGCUUGACUGUCCAGGAGCAGAUCUAGAAAACGUUUGUCUCUUGCGAACCCCUGAAGAUGCAAAUAAAAUUGAUGAACUAGCAACAGGAAAGAAUGUUGUCAUCGUGGGCUCCUCAUUCAUUGGAAUGGAGGUAGCUGCCUAUCUAGCUGAAAAAGCCAAGUCUGUGUCGGUGAUUGGCACCAGUGAGGUCCCAUACCAAAAUGUGCUGGGAAUAGAGAUCGGCAAAGCUAUAAUGAAGAUGUUUGAACAAGAAGCCAUUAAGUUUUACAUGCUGGAUCAUGUGACUGAGCUAAGGGGAGAGGAUGGAUUGUUGAAAGAAGUUGUCCUUGCAAGUGGAAAGGUUCUCCCAUCAGAUAUCUGUGUAGUUGGAAUUGGAGUGACACCUGCCACCAGUUUCCUUAAUGGAAGUCCUAUAAAGACAGAUUCAAAGGGAACAGUUGUGGUUGAUCAGUUCAUGCAGACCAGUGUUGCUAAAGUAUUUGCAGCUGGGGACAUUACUUCAUUUCCACUACCACUGCAAAAUAACCAGAGUGUUAAUAUUGGUCACUGGCAACUAGCGCAUAUGCAAGGUCACGUUGCUGCAUUGAACAUGCAAAAGAAAAACACCGGCAUUAAUACUGUACCAUUCUUCUGGACACAUUUUUUUGGAAAAAGCCUUCGAUAUGCAGGAUAUGGCACAGGUUAUGAAGAAGUCAUAUUUCAAGGUGACAUUGGUGAACUGAAGUUUGCGGCAUUUUACAUCAAAGAGGAUAAGGUUGUAGCAGUUGCUAGUUUGAACUAUGACCCUGUGGUUGCUCAGGUGGCUGAAGUUCUGGCCUCAGGAAAGACCAUAUCAAAGAGUGAAGCUGAGUAUGUCGCUUUUAAAAAUGAACUUGCUUUAACGUGA